AUGAAAGACGUAGCAAUACUAAUGGAUACAUCUGGAAGUAUUGUGACCGGCCAACAAAUCAGCCCGUUCCGUGCCAUGAGAAGAUUCGCCAAAAAUUUGAUCGGUCGAUUAGAAUCGGGUUGGGAUUCACAAGCCGUCGUGCACUUCAGCGAAAAAGCCGAAGUGGUUUUCAACUUUACGACAUUCUCUACUAAAGAAGAGAUGUACCAGGCUAUUGAUAAUAUUCUACAGUUUAACGAGAAUACCGAUACGGCGAUGGGUUUGAGAACCCUCCGUCAGGUGACCUUCGCCAAGGGCAACGGAGAACGUGACUGGGUGCCAAACAUCGCCAUCGUCAUCACAGACGGUCGAUCGAAUGUUGAAAUCUCACAGACCUACCCCGAAGCCCAGCUCUUAAAAAACAUGAAUGUAACAAUAUACACUAUUGGUGUCACCAACGACAUCUCACCGGACGAGCUAAAAGCUAUUGCCUCAAGCCCGGAUUAUUUCAUACCAGCAGAGGAUUUCAACACAUUGGGGCAGUUGUCGUUUCUGGAUAGUGUAGUGAAGGCGAGCUGUAGGUCUAAUACAGCUCCGCCAGACUGUUCCAGCCCAGUGGACAUCACAUUCAUCCUCGACCAGUCAAGCAGCAUCGUCGCCAGCGGUGACCAGGACUUCUGGUAUCGAGAUCUGCUCGGAUUCGUUUCGAGUGUCAUAAAAAACUUCAACGUCUCGCCAAAUGGCACGAGGGUGGCUGUCGUCAAGUUCAGCAACAACGCCAACGUACCCAUCUUGCUGAACAACUACACAAGCAUUUCAACUCUUUUGCCAGCCAUCAGAAACGAGAUGAUAGAAGGCGGUCAGACGAACAUCGCAUCCGGCUUAAGAGCUGCACGAACCAAUGUCUACAACCCGGGCCGAGGUUACCGACCGAACGUGGUGAACGUAGCAUUCCUAAUCACCGAUGGAGAAUCGAACAUCGAAAUGGACCAAACUAUCCCUGAAGCUAACAACUUGAAAAAUCUCGGCAUAGAGUUGUUCGUCAUGGGAGUUGGGACAGGAGUGAACAUAAAUGAGUUGCAGAGGAUUGCAUCUCGACCACUAGACGACCACCUUUUCAAUGCAGCCCAGUAUCCAAGUUUGGAUAGCGUCUGGAGAAAAGUUGCCAGAAAUAUUUGCAACGCCAAAGGAGAACCAAAAGUUACGACAGCCGCUACAACUGCGACAACCACUACUGCUUCCAUACCCCAAUGUAGCGUGACAAACUGCCAGCAAUGCUCCACCCCAAACAGGUGCUCCCAAUGUAACAGCGGUUAUCUAUUGGACAAUAAUGGAAACUGCAUUCUUCUCCCGAUAACUUGCAACGUGCCGAACUGCAUCAGCUGCCAGACCAACAACUACUGCUCACAGUGCGAAAAUGGCUACUUUCUUAACAAUGGAAGGUGCACACCUCAGUGCAACGUGCCGAACUGCCAGCAAUGCUCCAUGCCAAACAGGUGCUCCCAGUGUAACAGCGGUUACAACCUGAACGGCAACGGAGAAUGCAUUCUGCCACCGAUCACUUGCAACGUGGCAAACUGCAUCAGCUGCCAGACCACCAACUACUGCUCGCAGUGCCAGAAUGGCUUCUUCCUGAGUAACGGAAUGUGCCUCCCUCAGUGCAACGUUCAGUUUUGUCAGGUGUGUCUAGGGCCUAAUCAAUGCAAUACCUGUAUGAAUGGCUACGUCUUAAACAGUUUGAAUAUAUGCGUGCUUAGUUGUUUCAUUCCGCACUGUACGUUCUGCCAAAUUCCAAACUUUUGUGCCCAGUGUGAUGCCGGCUACUAUAUAGUUAACAAUGGGACUUGUGUGUUACUGCCAAUACAGUGCAAUGUGCUAAACUGCCAGCAGUGUCUUACUUCGAACAGGUGUGCCCAGUGCAACUCUGGUUUCAGUUUGGAUAAUAAUGGAAACUGCAUCCUUCAGUGCAGCGUUCCAAACUGCCAGCAAUGCUCGACCCCAAAUAGGUGCUCUCUUUGCUACUCUGGCUACAACUUGGAUAACAACGGAAACUGCAUUCCUCAGUGUAACGUGCCAAACUGCCAGCAAUGUUUAACGCCGAACCAGUGCAAUCUAUGCAACAGUGGCUACAACUUGAAUGCACCAAAUAGUUGCGUUCCCCAAUGCAACGUACCGAACUGCCAACGAUGCUCUGAGCCCAACAAGUGCUCCCAAUGCUUCGGUAAUUUUGUCCUGGAAAAUGGCAGCUGUCGCGAAGCCCAGAUCUCGUGCAACAUUGUCAACUGCAUAACCUGUCUCCAGGCAAACCUCUGCAACCAGUGCCUCGAUGGAUACAUCCUUGAAAACAACAUCUGUAGAAUCAGAUGCGAGGUUUUGAAUUGCUAUCUUUGCAAUAGGCCGAGCGUCUGUGCCGUCUGUAACUCUGGCUACAACUUGAACACACUCAACAACAGAUGUGAUGUUCAGUGUAAUGUUCUUAACUGUGCGGUCUGCAAUUCUCCUAACGUAUGCGCUGCCUGUAACAGUGGCUACAACUUGAACCUGGCCAUCAACCGAUGCGACUUACAAUGCAACGUCCCGAACUGCCUCAUCUGCCAGUCGGCCAGCAGGUGCCUCCAGUGCAGUGGUGGCUACAACCUGGACAGCAGCAGUGGAACGUGCGUCGUACAAUGUCAGGUGACCAACUGUUACGUGUGUAAUUCAGCGAAUGUUUGUGGCCAGUGCAGCCCAGGCUAUAAUCUCAACGUGGCCAGCAACAGAUGUGAUCCGCAAUGUAAUGUGGCCAACUGCGCUUACUGUAGCGCGCCGAACGUCUGCAGUGGCUGCAAUCCCGGCUACAAUCUGAACUCUGCUAGUAACAGAUGUGAUCCCCAGUGCAAUGUUCAGUACUGCACCCAAUGUCUGACUCCGAACCAAUGCUACCUGUGUAACAAUGGCUACUACGUUGAUAACACUGGCCAGUGCUCUCCUACUUGCAGACUGGACUACUGUCUGAUCUGUCUAUCUAGCAGUGUCUGCACUCGUUGCUACGAUUCCUACUUCUGGAACACUGCCCUCAGUCCACCCACCUGUGCAUUCUGUCCGAUUCCAAACUGCGAUCGCUGUCUCACGACCACCACUUGCGAUAGCUGCAGAAGUGGUUACGACUGGAGUACGCUCGUCCAGCCGCCCGCCUGCAUAC